GAUAGUGAAACUAUUGUUUAAGCCGUUUUUAUCGCCUCUUUUCGUUAGCAGUCUCCUGAACGAUAAAUCAGUUUAGUGAUGCUGCUUGCAUUUUUGUGUGUAACAGUAAAAAAAUAAUUACUUACGAUGAAGCCCCGGCGCAUCAUACAGUGGGCUGGAAGCAACAAGCUGCUGAUCGUCCUCGGGUUGCUGGUGCUCUGCUUUUGCAUAUCCACGGUGGCACUGGCUGCUAGAGAAACUACUUGCAAACGGGACGUCGUAGACGAGAGAACGACUGUUACUAAACUAUCUUUAGGGAGUGUUAAAGCUAAUAUGAAUUACAAGCUUCCAAGACACGUAAUACCUAAAAACUACAAAUUGAGACUGGAGCCAACAUUCAAAGGCCACAAUAAAACAUUUACUGGAUCUGUCAGCGUUCAGCUAGACGUAUUACAGCCCACGAAAAAUAUAACUUUGCAUACGAAUAAACUCCAAAUAACAUUGGUGGAUUUGAAAAGAGACGAUGAUUUGAAUAAACAAUAUAUAAUAACAGAACAUAAUAUUGAUACCCGAAGAAACAUGUUGAUUAUAAGAACGAAAGAAGAGAUAGCAAAAGGCCGCUACUCUCUGAGAAUAGUCUUCUCAGGAAAGCUUGAAGGUUUGGUCGGAUUCUACGGAAGCACAUUGAAAAAUGGCAGGACAAUGGUGGCAAGCAAGUUCCAGCCGACUUAUGCCCGGCAAGCAUUCCCCUGCUUUGAUGAACCGGACUUUAAGGCCACUUAUGAUAUCACCCUCAUAAAACCGGAAAAUUAUGUAGCUCUCUCCAAUAUGAAUGAAAUAUCUAGAACUCGUGAUGAGAAAACAUCCUCAGAGGUUGUGACAUUCGCAACAAGUGUUCCCAUGUCCACAUACUUGGCCUGCUUCGUGAUUUGUGACUUUGCCUCCAAAGAGGCAGAGAUCAACUCCAACGGCAUAGGAAGUAACUUCAUAUUGAGGUCAUUCGCGCAGAAGGACCAAAUGCACAAAAUAGAUUUCGCUCAGAGUAUUGGGAAGAGAGCGACUGAGUUCUAUGUGCAGUAUUAUGAAGUGCCAUUCCCUCUGCCUAAAUUAGAUAUGAUAGCCAUCCCGGACUACAUAUCGGGUGCAACCGAGCACUGGGGCCUGGUGACAUACCGCGAGACUUCCUUCUUGGUGGACGAGGCCACGGCCUCGGCCCAGAAUAAAAUCAGCGUAGCCAACACUAUAGCGCACGAGCUGGCACACAUGUGGUUCGGCAACUUGGUGACGAUGAAAUGGUGGGACGACUUGUGGCUGAACGAGGGCUUCGCGUCCUACAUGCAGGUCAAGUGCCUCAACGCCAUCGAACCUUCUUGGACCAUGCUGGACCAGUUCUUGAAGGGCAUGCACUCGGUGAUGGUGACUGACGCGAAACUGUCGAGCCACCCCAUCGUGCAAACUGUGGAGACGCCCGACCAGAUCACGGCUAUAUUUGACUCCAUAUCAUAUAAUAAGGGUUCGUCAGUAUUACGAAUGCUGGAAGGUUUCAUAGGCGAGGAGAACUUCCGCAAGGGGGUCUCGGACUAUCUCAAGAAGCACAAGUUCGGGAACACGGUGACGCAAGACUUGCUCGCGUCGCUGGACCCCUACUUUAAGAAGGACAACCCUGAGCUUAACCUUACGUACAUAAUGGAUACGUGGACCCGCCAAAUGGGUUACCCAGUGCUAACGGUGACCAAAACGAACAACACCUACCGCGUCACACAAUCUCGGUUCCUCUUGGACCCGGAGGCACAAUCACCGAACGACUCGGACUACAAUUACCGAUGGUUCGUGCCUGUGACGUACAAAACUAAUAAUGGCGUGCAUGAAAAAGUCCUGUGGUUUGGAGACAAAAUGGAGAGCGUUGAAAUACCGGAGCCGUCCGCUACCUGGCUGAAAAUAAAUAAUAACCAAGUGGGGUACUACCGCGUCAACUACCCUCAGGAAGUGUGGCAAAGCUUGGUGGAACAGCUGAAGGCGAGGUCUGAUCAGCUAUCGAUAUCCGACCGCUCGAACUUACUAGACGAUGUGUCCGCACUGGCCGAGGCGGGGCUCGUACCUUACUCGCUAGCGCUGGACUUGACGACCUACCUCAGUGUGGAGGACGCUUAUAUGCCGUGGCAGACCGCCGCGGGCAUAUACGGCGAUCUGUCGAGGAGGCUACUUAAUACACCCGCGUAUGCCGACCUCAAGCUAUACAUGCAAGAACUUAUCAAACCUAUCUAUACCAAAGUGGACAAAGAAUCUGACAGUAUGGGUGUGAUUGAGCGUCUCCUACGCACCACUGUCCUGUCUCUGGCCACUAAAGCGGAGCUGCCGGAAGCGCAGAGCAAGGUCCGGAGCCUGUUCCUGUCCUGGCUGAGCAGCCACGGGGGCAGCGUGAGGGCUGUGGAGACCGACCUGAGGGCGCUGGUGUAUUACCACGGUAUGAAACAGGGCACGCAGGCAGAGUGGGACGCACUCUGGCAAAUCUACAAGAGAGAAGAGGACGCUCAUGAGCAGUCGAAGAUUAGGCAAGCGUUAGCGGCGCCAAGGGACACUAAUAUACUCAAAAAGUACCUCGAGCUAGCCUGGAACGAGACCAACGUCCGCGCGCAAGACUACCUGAACGUCAUCCAAAUGAUCAGCAACAACCCUUCAGGGACUUCUCAUUGGGACCAUGUUCGCAACAAUUGGACCUCUUUAGUAGAGCGGUAUACUCUUAACAGUCGGUACUUAGGCGCCGUUAUACCGGGGGUUACCGACUCGUUCAACACAGAAAAAGAGCUUAAUGAGAUGGAGGAAUUCUACGCAAAAUACCCCGACGCGGGCGCCGGCGCAACGGCGCGAAAACGCGCGCUCGAGACUGUUCGUAACAACAUUAAGUGGGCCGCCAAUAGGGCGCCAUCUGUCACCGCGUGGCUGCAAUCAAGACGCCAACAGCGCUCCACGCAGAAGUCAUAACCUAUAAACCCAUACUCACCCAAAUACCGAUCCUCAUCAAAACAUAAGCCAAAAUCAAUUCUCCGGCCUAGGAAAAAAAAAUGAUAAAUUACACUAGAAAAAGUUAGCCUGUCAAUAACUUGUCAAUUCAAUUUAACCAAUUAUAAAAGACAAAGUAAAGCCAUAUAUUCUCUCCCCGCCCACAGCUUGCAAAAAAGAAAAUGGAACAAUAUUUUUUUAUAAUAGCAACACUUAACUGUUCUCAUACAAAAGUGUCAAAAUAGUUGCCACAUGCAAAACGAUUUACAAAGAAGGUGGCGCCAAAUUUUUUUUCUACUCUUUUGUCAGACAAUCAGGAAUUUCGAAUGAUAAUUGAGCUAGAAAAAUAUCGAGUGGGCCGACAGAGCGCCAUCUGUGUGAGAAUAAAGCCCCAAAAUGCUCCUUUGAAACAUGUAUCUUAUAAUGUCCAGUCAAAAGUUUCUUUAAAUGUUAUGGUGGUUCAACGACGUCUUUGUAUGCAUUUGCCUUAAGUUUCAAGGAUUUUUUAAAAUGAUAAAGUUACCUAUUUAAAGACUGCACAGAUCUUUGAGAAUGUUGUACUUAUACUCGUUAUAUUAGUGUUUAAAUAAAAUAUCAAACUUUA